UCAUGGAGCGCUCUGAGGAGGAGACCGUCAAUUUCUCGGAAAACAAUUCCACAGUAGCUUCAACAUCCCAAGAACCCAGCUGCCAACCUCACCAAAUAUUCGUUGACCAUGGUGCUGAAAUGGUUUGCGACAGCAGCAGGGAAACUGCAGGUGACCCGGACGCCGGAAUUCCUGUUAAUCAAGGUGCUCAAGCUGAUGCCGACGACACUGUAGUUAUUACCAAGGCUGCUUCGGAAAACUUAGAAGGACGUGAAGCCAUGAGUAUGAGUAAAAGCCAAGAUGAACCUCCUCAUGAACUCGAAAACCAGUUCAUAUUGCGUCUGCCUCUGGAACAGGCUUGUGCUGUCAGGAACAUAAUGCACUCUGGAGGUGUCAGCGUGAAGGAUAAAAUCAAAAUUGACUUAGCUUCUGAUGGAUGCCAUGCAGUUGUUCAGGUAGAAGAUGUGUCACUAUCCGCUAAGCUGGUUGAUUUGCCUUGUGUUGUUGAAAGUCUGAAAACUUUUGACAAAAAGAACUUUUAUAAAACAGCAGAUAUUUCCCAGAUGCUUGUGUGCAGUGCUGCUAAGGACCUCCCCUCUCCUGUGGAAGAACCGGCUACCUCCUCUGAGCUUAGUGUAACCAGGAAUAAGGAAAGAGACAAAAAAUAUAUCUGGAAGCAUGGACUUACUCCACCACUUAAGAAUGUCAGAAAGAGAAGGUUCCGGAAAACACAAAAAAAGUACAUUGAAUCUCCCGAUGUGGAAAAGGAAGUGAAGAGAUUGCUGUGCUCAGAUGCUGAAGCCGUCAGUGCCCGAUGGGAAGUCAUUGCUGAUGAUGAUACCAAGGAUAUAGAAAGUCAAGGAAGCAUUCCAGGCUUACCAGUAUCCCUGGAAAUGAGUGACUACAAGCAAGGAGAUACCUCAACAGAGUAUGAUAUAAUUCGAGAGCUGUUCAGUGAUUCCAGUAGUAACAUUCAUGGUAAUGAGGAUGAGGAUGAAAAGCAGGGCGAAGAGGAUGAUGAUGAUGAUGAUGACGAUGACGACGACAACGACGACGAAGAGGACGAGGAGGAAGAGGAGGAUGAACAUUUUGAAGAGGCUCUAGAAAGGGAGCUGCAGGCCAAGAUUACUGAAUAUCGCCAGAAUAAGACUAAGACAGGUGCCCGUGAAAUAGUUAUGGAAAUUCAGAAAAAUAUUCAUUACAAGGAGAAAAAGCUCCAUGUGAUUCAAAUCAAAGCACAAAGGCAGAAGAAUAUUUUCAGAAAAGUGGAAAACCUGGCCCUCAGGAUUUCCAGAGUGCAUGUGUAUGAGACCGCUAUAAGAAAAAGCAACGAACUUCAACAAAAAGAAAAUAACCAUUUAAGAUGUGUGCUGGAGAAUCUUAACAUACAGGAAAAACAAACAAAUGAGCAGAUCGCUUCCCUAAAGGAGAAGUUGAACUAUUUUCUGAAGAAAUGAAGAGAGCGUUCAACCUGGCAUAUCAACGUUGGAUCCACCAUCCAGACUAAAGUCUGGGUGAAGCUGUGCAUCUCUUGGUCCUUUCAGCUGCCUUAGUUGCAUCUGUUCCUCUAAACCUUUUUUUUUUCUUUUUGCUAGAGAUAACAUAGUAGAAGCUCACACUCAUGUAAAAAUAGUACUUAAAAAGUAGUAGAUUUAAAGAGCCUACUCAGUGAUGGAACUUUGCUUCUCCUUAUCAAUUUUAGAAUGACAUAAUUGCUUUUGUGCCGUGGUGCCAUCAGGUGACUCACCUGUGCUUGCCAAAGGCAGACAUUGUAGCCUCAGAGGUCAUACAACUGAUUUGAGUGUGUUUUAGCUUUUCCAAACCCUUCUGAUUAAGUAUUUCCUACAACAUAGAAAAAAAUCAGUUCAUUUCUGUCAUGAGCUAGGACCUGCCACAGUGAAUUAAAGUGCCUACCUUAGAGCAGUUAGUAAUAGUUUAUAUCCUGUCUGUUCAGGUAAUAGGGCUGCUUUCUUGCUCAGGGAUAAUUUCUUGCUUCUGCUUAUCUUUAUACAGCUGUCGUGUAUUUAGGACUGUGGCUGGUUGUUAUUCAUGAAGUAAGGAAACCGUCAGAAGAGAGUUGAAAAGUUCUGAGCUGUUUUCUUAUUCUGAGCCUCCUCAUACUAAUCCCCAUUAGAAGAGUUCAGGAAAACUCAGAUGCUUAUAAUGCCUAUGAACAGUUCUUUAACAACCCUGAAUCAUUUUAGAGUAUUUUUAUUUUCAUCUCUAUUGUGAUUUUCUGGUCUGUAUUCUUUAAG